AGUGUUUCUGUCGUGCGCGUUGGGACCACGCGCUACGCUGCCCGAUUUCACGCUGCUAGUAAACACUAUACAACUCACUGUUGCACUCCUUACUCGAGAACCGGUUUCGACAACAGUGAUCGAAGUGAUACAACUAUAGUGGUUUCCGUGGUCAGUGCCCGUUGUGACUACAGUGUCUACGAUAUAUGGAAUUAAGUGCCGUGCUGUGUGUCUAAAUAUACUGCUUGCACAAUGCGAUGAUCGGCGGUAUGGCAGACAGCAUAAAUUGGAUUACUUCAAUCUGUAAAUAAUAAAAUACGUGCGCAGUGGAAGAUGGCGUACAUAGAAAGGAGACGGUUCUAAAUCAAUAUGGCAGCUGCUCGCGCCAUUCUGGUACUAUUAGCAUCCACGGCCCAAGCCUGGAUGCCAGACGCCAACGCACGUAUCCAUGUGAAAUAUGGCGAUGAAACUUCAGAACAGUUUGUGGGCAACGCAACGGCGCCGGAUCACUUCCGUAUAUUAGACAAAGAUAAUUUAUCCAUUAUUGUGGGCGGCAGAAACACUGUCUACAAUCUCAGCCUAUACGACUUAUCGGAAAACGUGGAACAGCGCCUAGAAUGGCAAUCGACGGAUGCACACAGAGAGCUAUGCCAGCUAAAAGGCAAAUCAGUUGACGAAUGCCAAAACUUCCCUCGAGUCGCAGCCCGCUCCCAUGGCCGACUACUAGUAUGCGGCACCAACGCCUUCAAGCCGCUGUGCAGACGAUACGCCAGUCACUCGAUCAGCCAUCACCACGAAGAAUUUGACGGAUCUGGCCGCUGUCCUUAUGAUCCUCAGCACAACUCUACGGCUAUAUAUGCCGACGGUCAACUCUACACAGCAACUGCAGCAGACUUCUCUGGAACUGAUCCAUUGAUAUACCGAGAACCAGUUCGUACAGAACGAUCAGACCUCCGUUUGCUUAACGACCCAUCAUUCGUAGGAGCAAUAUCUACUACCAGUCAUGUGUAUUUCUUUUAUCGUGAAACAGCAGUUGAAUAUAUGAACUGCGGUAAAGCCGUCUACUCUAGAGUUGCAAGAAUAUGUCUAAAUGAUAAAGGUGGUCCUCAUACUUUCAGUGAUCGAUGGACAUCGUUCUUAAAAACACGCCUUAACUGUUCUAUGCCUGGAGAAUAUCCUUUCUAUUUCGAUGAAAUACAGGCAACAACAGAACUUAUUAGUGGAAUAUAUGGUAGUGGAAGUAGUAGAAAUGACAUAGUAUACGCCGUGUUUACGACUCCACAAAAUGCAAUAGGAGGAUCAGCUGUUUGCGCAUUUGCAAUGAGAGAUAUCAUCGAUGCAUUUGAAGGUACAUUCAAAGGUCAAGAAAGUAUGAAUUCAAAUUGGCUACCUCUCGAAAAAGAAAAAGUGCCAUCACCAAGACCGGGCUCUUGUGUUGAGGACAGUCGAACCUUAUCGGACUCUGCUGUUAAUUUUAUUAAGACACACCCUUUGAUGGAUAAGGCCGUACCAUCGUUCCUAGCACGGCCACUUCUCAUUAGAGUUAGCUUGCAAUAUAGAUUUUCUGCAAUUGCUGUUCACUCUCAAGUCCAAGCUAUGAAUGGCAAUAAAUACGAUGUCAUUUACGUCGGCACGGACGAUGGACGGGUAAUAAAAGCUGUCAAUGUGGCAGCUAAUGAAGGCGUAUUUGAUGGAAGUGAUGAAUACAGCAGAAGUCCAGUUAGAACUUCUGUCAUUUCAGAAGUGCAGGUACUGCCUCAAGGAACAGCAAUUAAACAAAUGCAUGUGGCAUUGACAACAGAAAAGUUGAUAGUUGCGUCAAGCGAUAUAAUAAAAUCUGUUGCAUUAUCACAUUGUGGGAAUGUCCAAACGUGCAGAGAUUGUGUAGCGUUGCAAGAUCCUCACUGCGCUUGGGACGCUAAACAGCAACAAUGUUCUUGGGUCGGAAACAGGCAAUUUCCUAAUCCCGAGAGAUUUCUACAAAAUGUAGAGUAUGGAAAGACUGAUAUUUGUAAUAAGUUGCCACCCCUCAUGACUGGUGAAAGACACAGUAACAGAAAUCCUGGUACUAAGAAACCCAUUUUAUCCGAAACCGAUAUUCGUCAAAAAGCGGAUGAUAUUCAAAAUGAAAUAUUAAUAGAGGUCGUAGAAACUAAUGUUUUAUCAGAAGAUAAAAAUUCAAAUAAUAACAAACACGAAACAGAUUUACUAACAGUUGAGGCAGCAGAUGGAAAUAUUUAUAGUGCACAAGCCCUACUCACUGCAGUGGUCGCCUCUUGUCUAGUCACUCUGAUGGUCGGUUUUGUAAUAGGAUAUCUAUUUUCAAGAAGAUUUCGGCACCCUUUUUUUACAGAUACUUCGCCAUUCAAUGAACAACACAAUCAUUUAAACAGAUUGAGUCCUUUGGAAACACCAUUGAAUGCGAAUACGACAUACAUGCCGCCGAGAUCUAAAAAUGUCAAUAUGGUAGCUAAUGUUUGUCCCUUGGCGAAACAAGACAACUUGCACUUGGAACUUGGGAAAGAGCGCACGUUAGAUUUGCGAAACUCGACCGAAUCCCUCGAUAAGGAUCUUAAGUGUGGCACCUUGCAAAAAGUGAAAAAGACUUAUAUAUGAAAAUUACCCAAACAAACAAUGUAUGGAUCAAUUGAUAAGUGACUGCAAAACCUGCAAAUGCACGUCGCGUGUGCCAAGUCUUCCGAGUAGGUACCUCGGUUAGAACAAUCAAUGUUUUCAAUGUCACUGUUAAUGUUAAAAUUGUAAAUAUUGUUAUUAAUGUCAUUGUACAGUAUCAGUAGUUUGAAAUCAGACUUUCAUUCAAGGUAAACGAACUCUCUACGUUAGCCAAGAUUGCAUUUAAAGAAUAAGAGUAUCAGCGAACGUAGAGACUGCGUUAUUCAACUAAUACUAAUUCUUGGUAAUAUUUAUUUUAUUAUAUAAUCAAAUAUUGCAGUUUUAGUAUUUUAAAUAUCAAUUAUUACAUUCCAUGAGUUUAGUUAUAAUUAUAAGAUUUCAGCGCAGCUAUUGUAAAUAGAUAAAUUUGUAUAUAAAAUGAUAAAAUAAGUUAUAAGGUUAAUAAAUUGGGGACAAAUGAUCCACGUUAUUUACGUUUAUCAUGAUUUAGCGUAAUGCAAUCAAAAACUUUUAUAGGUAGUACAUUAAGUAUAUUACAGUUUAUAGCUUGUACUCGUUGAUAUAAUUCAUAUUCAGUUUUAUUUCAUCAACAAGUCGUUUUUUCUAACGACUCUGUAUAUGGUUCGAAAAUGUGUUUAGUAACUGAUCUAAACACAGGAAUAAACUAUAUCAUUCAAACAAUAUUAAAAUGGGCAUGGUAUUGCGAGCAUGUCUACAUUAAUAAUAUCUAAUAUAACGGCGCAGUUUGGAUUAUUACCUCUUGUCUGGGCCGUACCCAUCACAUUCUCAAUAAAUACAAUACGACUAACUACCCAAAUAAAAUACAUUACCAAUAUUUAUACUAAAUGAUUCAAACCCACCCAACUAUACUUUUACAUCUUUGAAAGAUUAUAUCAAUUUCUAAAAUUGUUGCAUAUACGUAAUAUUAUUAUUAUAAUAUACUUAUUACUUGUUAAAAAUGCAGUUGAAAAUGUUAAUAGUAUAAAUUGCUGUGCUAAGUGCAUAGUGCCUUGUAGGUUGCCAAUUUAGUGCCUAAUGUAAUUUAGAAUAUUAGAUACAUCAGGAGAGCAUAUACAUAGUAUGUAUGUAUAGUGGGCCUUCUUUAGUUUCAGUUUCAUAAAUGAAAUCAAGCUUGUCAAGCUUUGUAUAUAUAAUUAAGUAAAAUACUGGACUAUCAAAACAAUUAUUUUUAUAACUUAUUUCAACUUUUAGUUUGGAUGUAACCUGAAUUGAUAUAUACGUUAAGAAAACAAACGUGAUUUACCUAUGUGGAAGCAAUAAUUGAAGUAACCACCAGAUCUAAAAAUCAAGUAUUCCCACCGUAAACUUAUCAAAGUCUAUUAAGUUAAGCAGAAAAAAAUCUGUAUAUUUUCCACUCCAUAAAAAUUGUUUACUUUAUUGUAUGGAUGGAUAGUGAAUAAAAUAAUAUAACUUUAUAUAUAGAUACACUUUCUUUUAUUGAAAGCAAAAUCAUUGUACAUUUUCAGAAAUCAGCAAUUAAAUAACAAUAUUCAACAAUUUAUUUAUAUUUUUUUAUAUAACGAAAAAAUAAUUUUAAUACAUACUUAGAAAUUUUAUCGUUUUUCCAUAAUAGUGGAGAAAUAAAAGUAUUAUU